UAGGGAUGGCGUCAGUUGUGGAACUGAAACAGAGUUCAGUAAUGCAACGACUGCUUGUAGGCUGGAUGCCAACAGCUAUCAGAGGUGAUCAGGGGUCUUCAGAUCGUCCCCUCAGUCUUGCUGUUCAUUGUGUUGAGAAUGAUGCCUUCAUCUUUGCUCUGUGCCAGGAUCAUAAACUACGCAUGUGGUCUUAUAAGGACCAAAUGUGCCUGAUGGUAGCCAACAUACUGGAGUAUGUCCCUGUGAAAAAAGACCUUCAGCUCACUGCUGGGACUGGACACAAAUUACGACUUGCUUACUCCCCUGCCAUGGGACUCUAUCUGGGGAUUUACAUGCAUGCACCAAAACGAGGACAGUUCUGCAUUUUCCAACUGGUGAGCGCUGAGAAUAACCACUACAGUCUAGAUCACAUUUCUUCCCUGUUCACUUCUCAGGUAGGUUUAAUCAUCCUUUGCAUGUCACACAAAUACAGGAAAGAAGUAUUGGCUAACUCAACUAUAUUGUCCUGGAAUUGAAAUGCUAAAAUGGAAUAUUUCAUGAUGUAUGCAAACAAAAUUUCAUUUUGGUUUCACCUUGUUUUUGGGGCACUGUCUUCUGUUUUUAUGCUUUUAUCUCUCCUACGGAUAUAAAUUUAAGUCAUUAUAAACUGC